AUGGUGGAUUAUGAUAGUUUGAUAGAUAAGAUGUUGGUCAGAUUACACUGCUGGAGUAGUAGGAAUCUUUCAUAUGCAGCUAGGGUCACCCUUAUUAAUGUAGUGUUAAUGAGUCUGCAUACUUAUUGGGCUCAAUGUGUUUUACUUCCCAAAUCAGUCAUUGAUAGGAUUAACCAGCUUUGCAGAGCUUUCUUAUGGAGUGGUAAUGAUGUUCUUUCUAUAACUCCACCAAUUGCCUGGGAUUGGUUUGCAGACCUAAGAAGGCAGGUGGUCUUGGAAUUAGAGAUUGCAGGAAGUGGAACAAAGCUAUUACCUCCUUGGGAUGGUAUUUCUAGUCUUGGAGCUUUUUCUGGACCUUGGCUUGUUGUUGGUGACUUUAAUUCUGUUCUCAAUUCUUAUGAUAAUAUUAAUGGUAAUGCUGUCACUGAUUAUGAGGGUCAUGGUGAUACUAGAAUUGCUACAAGGAUUGACUGGGGGCUAGUGAAUCAGGCUUGGUUGAACAAGUAUUCUCAUGUUGAAUCUAUUUAUCUUCCCUCUCUCCUUUCUGAUCACAACCCUCUUUUGGCUAAAAACCUGAAAGAUCUGAACACUAAGUACUUUGCUAAUGUUGAUGAGAAAGUUGAUGUGGCUCUUGCCUCUUUGAAAGCCAUUCAAGACCAUCUUGCUGUGGAUUAUUCUAACUCUGACCUUCAUGUUAAACAGGCUGAAGCUGUAAAUAUGGUGAAGCAUUGGAUGUAUAUCCAGGAGUCCAUUUAUAAGCAGAAAUCUAGGGUUGAUUGGAAUAAGCUGGGGGACUCCAGUUCUCACUACUUCUUUUCUGUUAUGAAGCACAGGCAAGGUAGAAAUAAAAUUGAUUCUAUCUUCAUUGAAGAUGAUGUCCUUUUAAAAGAUCCUAUGCUUAUUGAAAAUGAGAUUGUGGGGUUUUAUAAAGGGCUCCUUGGUUCUAGUGCUAGUUAUCACCCUGUUGUUGACUUGGCCACUAUUAGGAGAGGUUCUCAACUCAGCUCUAGCUCCAUUGAUAUUUUGACUUCUGUGGUUACUACUUAUGAGAUUGAUAAUGCUCUAGCUCAGAUUAGAGAUGAUAAGGCGCCUGGAAUUUAUGGUUUCAAUGUUGUUUUCUUCAAAAAGGCUUGGCCUAUGAUAAAAACUGAUAUCUAUGCUGCUAUCUUCUUUUUCUUUGAGACUGGUGUCAUUGCUAAGCAGUGGAAUUGUACAACAAUCACCUUAGUGCCUAAGGUUCAGCAUCCUUCUUAUGUCAAAAAGUUUAGGCCUAUUGCUUAUUGUACCAUGUUGUACAAGUUGAUCUCUAAAGUUCUCACAAAAAGGAUUUCUAAAGUGGUGGGGACUGUUAUUAAUGAUGCUCAAGCUGGGUUUAUCCCAGGUAAGCACAUUAGUGACAAUAUUCUCCUGGCUACUGAAUUGAUCAAAGGCUACUCUCAUAAGUUUGUUUCUCCUAGGUGCAUGAUUAAGAUUGAUUUGAGGAAGGCCUAUGACUUUGUUGAAUGGCCCUUUUUGCAGACUGUUUUAGAAGAGCUUGGUUUCCCUCAUUCUGUUGUGAAGUGGAUUAUGACUUGUGUCUGUUUUUUUUCUUACUCUGUAAUGGUUAAUUGCUUUCCUGAUAAGCCUUUUUUUGCAAAAAAAGGUCUUAGGCAAGGAGAUCCUAUGUCACCUUUUCUCUUUGCUCUAUGUAAGGAGUACCUAUCUAGGUUCCUUAAGGAAAUGACUUGGAAUCCUAAUUUCAAUUAUUAUCCUAGAUGUGAGAAAUUAGGUAUUACCCACAUGAUGUUUGCUGAUGAUCUUCUCCUCUUCUCUAGGGCUGAUUCCAUCUCUAUUCAGCUUCUCUUGCUGACUUUCCAGAAAUUCUCUUGUGCUUCUCGUCUGAUGGCUAAUUUAAGUAAGAGUGAGGUUUAUUUUGGAGGCAUCUCUGAUUUUGAUAAAGAUCAGCUGCAAACUGUUCUUGGGGUUACUGCUAGAUUGGAUGCUGGACUUCUAGACACUUAUCUUAUGCUGGCAGGUUUCAGCUUAUCAAAAGUGUUCUCUUUGAACACUUAUGCAAAAAAGGCCCCUGUCUCCUGGCAUCAUAUGACUCUUCCUAAGGUUUGUGGUGGCUGGAAUAUUACCUCUCUUGGUGAUUGGAAUAAAGCUGCUAUAUGCAAGGUUCUUUGGGAUCUUGCUCACAAAUCUGACAAUAUAGAUAUUAUUGAUGAUAUUGGUGGCUGGUCCUCUAUUAUGAAAAAUGGGAAAAUGAGUAUUGCUAAACUUUAUGCCCGGAUUCGACCACAGGCUCCUAAAGUAGGGUGGAAAAGAAUUGUUUGCAAUAACCAAGCCGCUCCUAAGAGUAUUUUCAUUACUUGGUUAUCUCUGCUUGAUAAAUUUGCCACUAAGGACAGAAUUGUUAAGUGGAAUGCAAAUGUAAGGGAACAGACAGGAAGCUGCUUCUACUUCACUGAAUUUCUAGUGUUGCAGUUUGUUUUUGGUCUGUUGUUUUCUGGUGCUAUUCUAGUUGGGUGGCAGAUGGUUUCUGGUCAGUUUUUUGCUUACUUUGCUGCCUGCAGACUUCUGCAGCCUGUGCUAUCUAGCUGUUUCAGAUCUGCUAUAGGUUGUUCAGGGUGGCAGCUGGUGGCUUGGGUUGCUCUUGGUCUGCACGCAGUACUGGCAGCUGUUCUAGUCUGCUGUCAAACUAUCAGUUGCUGGUGCUGCUGUUCUGUUCUGUUGUUGCUGUUCCUGGCUGCUGAUGUUGCUGUUUUCUAG